AUGCUUUUUUUCUUCCUCCUAACAUUUUCAAGUUCGCGCUGCACCACCUUGGAAGAAAGUGUCAUUGCCCCGACCUUCGAGAUCACCCACCAAUGGUCUUACAUCAAUUUCACUUGGGAAAGUUCCAUCACAUACGAGGAGGCCAUCGACUCCGGUGACUACAUCCCGGAGAACGUCGCCAUGACCGGAAUCAAAUUCUACCGGAACCGGUGGUACAUCGCGCUGCCCAAAUUCCGGCCCGGAGUUCCGGUCACUCUCGCCUACUUUUUCGCCGAUGAGGCGCCGAUUAACCCACUCUUGACCCCUUACCCGGACUGGGACUCCAACACCGACCCCACGUGUGAGGGGAUCAAGGCGGUGCAAAGCAUGGAAAUUGACCGGAGCGGGGUGAUGUGGGUGUUGGAUGGGUUCCGGGUGACUCCGGCCACCGCCUGCCCCACUAAACUAAUUUGGUAUGACUUAAACACACACCGCCGCAUCCGGAGUUACACCUUCCCGGAAACAAUCGGGCUCCGGAGGGGCGGUUUUCUGAACGACAUCGUCGUGGACGACACUGGCUACGCCUACAUCACCGACAACAGCGCAAUCGACCCCGGACUAAUCGUUUUUUCGGUCCGGGAAAACCGGGCUUGGAAAUUCCGGGACGCGUCCAUGUUUCCGCAAAUUGAAGCUGCGAAUUUCGUGGUGGAUGACUGGCCGUUCCGGGCGUUGGCCCCCAUCGACGGGAUUGCGCUAACCCCUCGGGGGAGCAACCCCCGGGUGCUGCUGUAUUGCUCCUUGACCGGAUUUAGCGUCUUUGGGAUAAGUACCGAGGUUUUGAAACGCGAAGAUUUGUUGAGUACCGGCGACUGGAGGGCUUAUGUCACCUAUUUGGGGGAUAAACAGGCGCAAGGCGACGGGAUGGCGAUGGACAAUUUCGGGAAUUUGUACUAUGGUUUGUUGCCGCUUUAUGCAGUGGGGAAAUGGGAUGUGUUUGGGGGAACCCCACCCGAGAUUUUGUACCAGAAUCGGAGCACGGUGAUCUGGCCUGAUAGUUUCGCGUUCGACAACCAGGGUUACACCUAUGUGCUUGCUAACACUAUCAACAAGUUCGGAGAUAUCAAUUUUAGGCUUGUCCUGAACGAUGAAAUCAAGUUUAGGAUUUUCCGAUUCUUUACCGGAUCGCAAAGUUAUUUGUUUUAG